CACGGUUUUAACUGGCUGUCUGUCAAAAAAUCUCAGUUGAAAGUUGACUUAUUGGACACUCGUCGUCGCUACUUCAGGAGGACUUGUUUGCUGUCUAGCUAUCCCGGCUAGCGGUGUGCUGAUAUCAAAGAAGAACAACAUGAGCUCGGUGUUACAACUGUCGCUCAGAUAGUAAACAAGCUGCUACCUUCAGUGAGAGGACGGGAGACGCACCUGUUUGUAUGUGUCGCCGAUAGUUAACAUGUCGAGUCAGAUCCAGCCGGCUGUGCCGAUCCAACAGCAGCCUAAUCUAAAAUCUGCUCCUUUCCCACCUCACUGUUUUGUGAAUACUCUAAACAACCCUCUUCAAAUCAAAAGGAAUGUAAUUACAGUCGAUUACAAUGUUACAAGUCAGGUGCUCGGGAUGGGGAUAAAUGGCAAGGUGUUGGAAAUAUUUCACAAAGAGAGUGGAGAAAAGUAUGCACUGAAGAUGCUGCAGGAUUGUCCUGAGGCCAGACGGGAAGUGGAGCUCCACUGGAGGGUGUCAACUUGUUGCCACAUUGUACCCAUCAUAGAUGUUUACGAGAAUCUCUACCAUGGCAGGAAGUGCCUCCUCAUCGUGAUGGAAUGUAUGGAUGGAGGUGAAUUGUUUAGUCAUAUCCAGGACAGAGGGAAUCAUGCAUUUACAGAAAGAGAGGCCUCUGACAUCAUGAAGAGUAUAGGAGAAGCCAUACAUUUCCUGCAUUUCAUCAACAUUGCACACAGAGACAUCAAGCCAGAGAACCUGCUGUACACCUCCAAAAGGCCAGACGCCUUCCUCAAGCUGACAGAUUUUGGGUUUGCCAAAGAAAUCACCACCUUAAACUCUCUGGCAACACCAUGUUUUACACCCUACUAUGUUGCUCCAGAGGUUCUGGGUCCAGAGAAAUAUGACAGAUCCUGUGACAUGUGGUCUCUGGGUGUCAUUAUGUAUAUUCUACUUUGUGGUUACCCUCCCUUCUUCUCACAUCACGGUCUGGCAAUAUCCCCAGGAAUGAAAAGACGGAUCCGUACUGGAAAAUACGAUUUCCCCAAACCAGAAUGGAGCGAUGUGUCUGAUGAAGCCAAACAGCUAAUUUGCCACUUACUGAAAACUGAGCCAACCCAGAGAAUGAACAUCACCGAGUUCAUAAAUCAUCCCUGGAUUAAUCAGUCAGUGGAGGUCCCACUAACGCCUCUCCACACCAGCCGCGUGCUGCAUGAGGAGCAAGAUGUCUGGGAGAAGGUUAAGGAGGAAAUGACAAAUGCCCUGCAAACGAUGAGAGUGGACUAUGAUCAAAUUAAAAUCAAAACCAUAGAAGACUCGACUAAUCCUCUACUCUUGAAAAGAAGAAAGAAAAGUAAAAAACCACCCACACAACCUCCAGGCUAG